UGGCAUUUGAAUUCUACUGUAACUGGUGACUUCCUUGGUUCUCUACCCUUAGUAAUUGGCAUGAAAGUCAUGAUCAUAGAGAAUAUUGCAUUACAAUACAAGGCUGUUAAUGGUGCUGAAGGGACAUUGACCAAUAUUAAAUAUGAUAUUACUGAUGGUAUCAGAUACCCUGUC